AUGUCAACCGCAGGGGCCUUGGACACCCUCCACUUCGUGGACGAUUCGGCUGUUGAGCAACUCUUGGAUACUGGCGAGAUUGAAAUUGAGAUCAAGGCUAUUGGGUUGAAUUUCAGGGACGGGAUGGCCGCUAAGAGCUCAGUUCCUCUCAGCAGCGGCAGCAUCGAGGCAAGUGAAUCCGGCGACCGGGUUGCGGUGUUUACGAAAGGGGCUUUUGCCACCAAGGCGAGGACAAGGGAAUGUCUCGCCUUCAAAAUACCCAAAGAAAUUUCCUUCGAAGCCGCGGCCAGCCUGCCUCUCGCAUAA